UCAAUGUGUAUUUAAUUACAGUGUACUAUUUAUACAAGUAUGAUACAAAGGUCAAUUAUGAUACACAUUAAUAGACAUUUGUAUAAAAUAAUAAGUCAUUGUAUAUAUAGCAUAAUUAUAAAAUUCAUUAUUGGAAGAAUAUGCUCUCGUUUUCAUGUAAUAUAACAGAGCAAACAAGAACAACUUGGUAUUGUGUUCAAAACAGUUUAGUAUUAAAAAGUAUAAAUACAUUUAAUCAAGAUAGAAAUAUGGAUAAUAAUAAAGAACAAAGUAUUGAACGUGAGAUGAUAAAUGCAUGUACAAUGGGCAAGUUUGAAAUUGUAAACAAAUAUAUUGAAUCAUAUGAUGUAAACAAGUUUUUAUGUGAUGGAUGGACUCCACUUCUAUAUGCUGCUUUUAAUGCGCAAAUGAAAGUCAUUCAAUAUCUCAUAGACAAUGGAGCUGAUGUUAAUAAGCAUAAAGAUGGCUAUACGCCAUUAAUGGCAUUAUGCAAUUGUAUUAAAGAAACAACAGAACAACGUAUAAAAUGUUUAACAACAUUAAUUGAAGCAGGUGCUAAUCCAAAUGCAAGCAAUAAACAAAGACAAACACUUCUCAUGUAUGCUUGUAUGUCACAAGAACCCGAAUUUAUAAUAGAACUAGUGAAACAUAUAAAAAAUAUUAAUGCAUAUGACAAUAGGAAACAAACUGCAUUGAUGUAUGCAACAAUAGCUAAUAAACCAGAAGUAGUCAAAAUAUUAAUAGAAAAUGCAGCAGAUGUAACAUUAACUGACUUAAGUGGUCUAACUGUAUAUGAUGUAGCUUCUAUGAAAGGAUAUGAUAAGAUUUUAUCGCUAUUAAAUCUCGAUGAAGAAGUAACAAUAAAUACUUAUAAAAUAUUUAAAGUGUAUGAGUGGAAACAUAUGUUUCCAUCACUAGUUAAUAUAGACAAUCAAACUAUAGAUCCUGAUGUGUAUACAAUCUUGUAUGGGAUGAAUUUAGAAAAAUAUACUCAUAUUUUCCAAGGAAUAAAUCUCAAAACAUUUUUAGCAUUAACUGAAAAUGACUUAAUCCAUUUAGGAUUGGAUAUUAAUGCACAUAGAAUGCAAUUUAUAGAAUGUCUUCAUAAAUUUCAUAGAAGAAAAUGGAGUAUACAAAGUAUUGGUGCUAUCAAUAAAUCGUUACCCUAUACAUUAUAUGAUGGUAUAGUCUCAUUAGGUAUAUUAUCUAAACAAAUUGCUGUUAUUGGUUCUAGUUUUCGGUAUAUUAAAAAUAGCUUAUUAAAGGUAAAUAGUGGAGAUAUAUAUUUAACUACUGAACGUAUAUCUAAUUAUGAACAAGAGCUUAAAAAGGUACAAGAAACACUUAGUAUUAUAAAAAACGAGCUUAUGCAAAUAAAAGCACUUUCUAAAAGGGUUGAAAAAGAAAACGAUAUUGGUAUACCCGCAACAUAUAUCAGACCAAAAAAACGUAACAUAAAUUGGCCUAUGUGUUUAAGCAUUGCAUUAAUUGCUGGAAUCUAUAUAUCUAAAACAAUAUACAUUCAAAAAUUAAUACGUUAUUGAAAAUAUGAUUGUAUUUAUUAAGAACUUUUGUAUAUUUAUUUGUUCUAAAUUUGAUUAAUAAAUUAUUCAUGUAGAAUGAAAUAUUAUCUUUUAUAAAUA